ACUCUCUCUCUCUCUCCUCGAACUCUGCUUCUUGACUUCUUUUCUGCACAUUGAGAUUCGUCUUUAUAUUCUAUUAUUAUCUUCAAAUUUGAACAUUCAAAUUAGUACCAAAUGCCAAUUAAUUUUUGAAUAAAAUGGAAUUUUCACUCUCUCUUUCGCCAGUUCCGAAGCAAUUAUUUUACUACCAAUGUCUGUUUUUCGCUCCUAUAUUUCUUAGCCCAUAGAACUCUCCCAAGAAGACCCAAAGUGCUUUGUCCUACUCUUACAAGGCAGAGCCAUGGCCCAUGGGUUGGAAGUUUUAAAGAUUAAUGCCAUAGUUAAAAUCUCAUAAAAUUAUGGUUUAGUGUAAAGGUGAAUAAAAUAAAGGCACAUAUAAAUAUGGUGAAAGGGAAAGGAAAUAUACGGGUGAAUAAUCAGCAGGUGGUCUUCGAGCUGAAAAAUCGUGUGAUUCUUGCACUUAACAAGCUUGCAGACAGGGACACUUACCAAAUUGGGGUUGAGGAGCUUGAGGAAACCAUAGAAUGCUUGACCCCUGAUGGGGUUGCCCCAUUUCUGUCUUGCAUAUUAGACACUGAUUCCAAGCAGAAAAGCAUGGUUCGUAAAGAAUGUGUUCGCCUGCUGGGCAUAUUUGCUAAUUUUCAUGAGGGUCUUAUUGAAACCUAUCUUGGGAGGAUGGUAGCUAGCAUUGUUAAGCGACUAAAGGACUCAGAUUCUGUUGUGAGAGAUGCAUGCAUAGAAACAUUGGGAAUCUUGGCUUCCAAGUUGAACAGCAGUGUUGGUGAAAAUGAUGGGGUUUUUGUUGUGCUGGCGAGGCCUCUUUUCGAAUCAUUGGGUGAGCAGAACAAGCAGGUGCAGUUUGGUUCAGCAUUGUGUUUGUCACGGGUCAUUGACAGCAUCCACAAUCCUCCUGCUUCAAUUUUGCAGAAGAUGUUGGCAAGGACUGUUAAGUUGCUUAAGAAUCCUCAUUUCAUGGCAAAACCAGCAAUCAUUGAGUUGAAUAGAAGUAUCAUUCAGGCUGGUGGUGCUGCAACACAUAGCGCUUUAUCUGCUGCAAUAACUAGCAUCCAGGAAGCACUCAAGAACAGUGACUGGGCAACACGCAAAGCUGCCUCUUUAGCAUUAAGGGAUAUUGCUUCUUGUGGUGGAGCGUGCCUGGGUUCUUUUAGGUCUUCAUGCAUCCGUUGUUUAGAAUCAUGUCGUUUCGACAAGGUGAAACCGGUUAGAGACACAGCUCUGCAGGCCUUGCAUCUUUGGAAAAAUCUUUUAGGGUCUGCUACUCCCGAACCUUCAGAAGCUGGAUCUUCUGUCAAAGAAACUGCAUAUAGAGAUGACUAUGGUGAUGUUACUAGUACUGGUGAGACGAUGCUGAAGGAUGUCACACUGAAGAAAUUUAGUGGUGACUUGUCCAAAAGAAGGGUUCUAUCUUUGAGAAAUCCUCUCAGAAAUCAUGUUGAGAAACCUCAGAAUUCUGAAACAAAUGAUUGGCAAAUACAAAUUGCAGUUCCAAAAAGUCGUACAAUUUCUGUGACAGACAUUCAGAACGAAGAAUCUGAGGGUAGCUCGGUUACCAAGAGAUGUGAAAUCACCAAUGCUGACACGAGGAGUAACAAAGAUAAUGGUUAUGUAGAUGACAAACAGGAAUCAUCUUCUGUUUCUGAUCUUUUCUCCGAAAGCAUCAAGUCAAAGAUUGUCACAGCUCAUUGUGAUGUUCUUGACGAUGUCAGUUUGGUGAAAUCAACCGGAACUAGUAAGCGAUUUGCUGCUGAAGAAGUUAGUAUAGAAGAGCAAAGAUAUGUUGCUAACAUGCGUGAUCGCAGGAGCUUGGAUUCCACUGUUACUGAAUCAAGUUCUCACAUAAUGCAUGGCUGUUGUUCACAAACAGAAAAAGAAUUGGUGUUAAUUCGGAAGCAGCUUUUAGAGAUUGAAACUAAGCAGUCAAAUUUGAUGGAUUUGUUAAAGGUGUUCUCAAACAGCAUAAUGGAUAGCAUGUCAGCAGUACAGUUGAAGGUGUCCAAUCUUGAACAAGUGGUAGAUAAAAUGGCACAUGAACUUGUUCAUGGUGGAAGAUAUUCAGAUGCAUUGGCAACAAAAUUUUUGAAAGGAAGCCCUAGCGUUGCCUCUCCUAGACUUUCUACAUGCACUCCAAGGUCAUCUGUGGAUAUACACAAUAGACAGCCUGCAUUACUUCAAACCAAAAAUACAGAAGUUUGGGAGGACAAAACAUGUACUAGGACCAGACCAAGCAACUUAAGCAAGCAAGGCAUAGACAUGUGGACUGAUACCACUCCUAAGCUAAGCAGAAAUUCUGUUGGGAAGGGCACACGGACAAGCUCUGGUCCAAAAAUUCAUGGUGACCAACCAAGAAGUGACAAUGUCUUUGCUCCAAUGCCAACUACUACCAGGCUAAAUAAACCAGAAACCAACAAUUACUCAUGGAAUAUUGUGAAAAGUUAUUUGUCUGGUGGGGAUCUAGACUCGGCAUAUAUGGAAGCUAUACGUUCUUGUAAUGAACUUGUUUUGUUUGAGCUUCUGGAUAGAAUGGGCCCUGUUCUUGAAAAUCUAUCAGAAAAGAUUGCAAGUGACCUUUUAAGCAUUUUGGCAUCAUACUUCUUGGAGCAAAGAUUUGUGAAUUCUAUAAUACCUUGGUUGCAGCAGCUGGUGGACCUGGCUACAAUCCAUGGUUCGAAUUAUGUGAUGGUCUCUGCGAAAACAAGGCGAGAGUUCUUGUCUGCUAUCCAGGAAGCUGUGAAAGCAAAAGUUUUUGAUCCUGCAGCACGAAGAUUUUAUAGUGACCUUGGAAAGACAUUGCGUCAAAUCUGGGGAAAUGGGUGCACCUAGUUAGCUUAAGGGAGCACAUUGUUGAUAUGAAGCUGGGGGUAUGCUGAUAUUAUGAUGUCCAUGCAUGAUCUCCAGUUAAGUUUAUGUACAAGCCAAAAAGGAAAUUCUGUCUGUUUUGUCUCUAAUGUUGUCUUGCAAUAUGCUAAAGUGGAGUUUCAGUUGUAGUUGUAAGAAGAUUGAAGGUGUAAUUUGAAAGUUGAAUAACCAUAAUUUUGCCUUCCAGUUGUUUUCCUCU